GCUGCCAUGAAGAACAUCUUUGAAAUCUGCGAUCGCUGUCAUUUUGACCGCGCUGAGAACAAGUGGGCGUUUUAUGUUGAGCAAGGGCGGCCGAAUCAGAGACAACGAAUCGACAUGGAGGCGGCGGUGGAGUUCAUCGCGGGGCCUAUAUUGUCGCUGCUCACGCGGCGGCGUUGGCAGCCAGGGGCUUUAUCGAGAUGGACUGGUGUUAUCAGUUGUCUCGAGCGGAUGGUGUUGGGCGCCGUCCUUGGCAAUAUCUUACCGUUGUCGCUGGCUGGCCUGAGUGCGCGCAUGGAAGUAACCGAGGCCAAAGUGAAGGAGUAUUUGGCCAAAGCAGCGGCGCAGCUUUUGAUGGGUGAGGAGUCGGCAGAUCACAUUCGAGCGAGGGAAGGCGGCAGGGUGCUGAAGGUUCCCGCGUUCUUCCAGGACCCUCAUCGGCCGUGGCAGCUUGGCAUUAUACUGAUCGUUGUCAGCGUCUUGGACAGGUUCGGUUGGCGCGUUAUCGGGGCCCCGAGCCGCGGCGUUCAGAAACUCGGCUUGGGUGAGCUCGUGGACCCUGGGAGGUCCGCACUGGCAGACACGGUGGAGGUCUUGACGAACCUCGUGGAGAAUUUCAAAAUACACGACGGCGGUUGGAAGCUGCUGUCUUGGCUUGGAGCUGAGCGCGCCGACAGAAGCAUAGUCAUGACCUAUGCGCGGGUGCAGGUGCUCGGGGCCAACAUCCGUUUCAGCACGGCGCCAGUGGAGUGCGAACGCAAG